AUGGCGCCAGGAAGCAUCGCUCUGGGCCUCAUGACGGGGCCAGUGCUUGGCGCCGUUGGGGGCCUCAGGGGCCGCCUGGCCCUGAGUCAGCAGGGCUUUGCAGCGGCGGUGAGGAUUUGUGCUGCCUUGAGUAUGUUGAACUGGACCUUUGUCUUCAGCUAUAUGGCGGAAUCGCCGAACGUACUUCUGCGAAGGCAGCCGAAGAUUGACGUGGGCUGCGUGCCCGACAGUUUGCCGCGCCUGGCAUGGCCGCUGCUGAUCGGCGCCUUCCUGGGCAACGCGGGUAUCGCCGCGGCCGAGUCCUGUGGGGCCCUGUUCGUCAUGGAUUCGUACUUCAAAUUCACCAAGUCUCCGGCCGUGGAGGGGACCAAGUUCUUUGCCUGGAACAUGUUCAUCUCCGGAGGUGUGGUGAUUCUCAUCACGAACUUCGUUUUCCCGUCCCUGAUGCAUCGCCUCAGACAGAAGGGCACGAUGGUUCUAGGUAUUGGCCUUCGGAUCUUUGGUUACACUGGUCUAGCGGCAGCUCCCACCAAGUGGUGGUUCCUGGCUGCGCAGCUGGUGGUGGUCACCGGUGACUGCCUGGCGGCGCCCAACCUCUCGGCGCUGCUGACUGAGGUGGUAGGGCAGUCAGCCUAUGGCAUGGCCUUGGGCACUUUGUCCACAUUCCAAGCUGCUGCACGAGUUUUGGACACCGUGCCGUUUGCCACGAUGUACGAGAAAGUGUCCCACGCGGCGCCCUUCCUAACCGUGGCCCUACUUGCAGUGGCUUCGGGUGCGCUGUGGUUCUGGGUCUACUGGCAAGUGCAGGCUGCACGUGCCUGA